UAACAUAAAACUGUUGGAGGUUAGAGACGUUUCUGUCAAGCUCGGCGAAAUUUCACGCGCAUUUAAAACAUUUAUCCGUCAGCGAUCUGAACAUUGUGGAGUAAUUAAAUAAAUUAAUGGAUUGACAAUGGGUCUAUUAACGGUGCUGAAAAAAUUGAAGCAAAAGGAAAAGGAGAUGCGAAUUUUAAUGUUGGGCCUGGAUAAUGCAGGCAAGACGACAGUGUUGAAGAGGCUCAAUGGCGAACCAAUAGACACCAUAUCGCCUACGCUUGGUUUCAAUAUCAAGACACUGGAACAUCGCGGAUACAAACUCAACGUAUGGGAUGUAGGUGGACAAAAAUCAUUGCGUUCCUACUGGAGAAAUUAUUUCGAGUCGACGGACGGGCUUGUCUGGGUGAUAGACAGCGCGGACAGAAGGAGACUGGAUGAUUGUAAAACAGAGCUGUACAAGCUCCUGCAAGAGGAGAGGCUGGAGGGAGCGAGUCUCCUUGUGUUCGCGAAUAAGCAGGAUAUGCCUGGCGCAUUGUCUGCAGCUGACAUAGCCGACAUUCUGGAGCUACCUAAUAUAAAGACUCACCAUUGGCAAAUUUACAAGUGCUCCGCCGUGACGGGUGAGAAUCUAGUCGACGGUAUUAAUUGGAUUGUUGAUGAUAUCGCAGCGAGAAUAUUUUAUAUAGAUUAAAUUUAAUUUGGAUGUCGAUACUCUUUACCUCAUUAAAUGCAGAAAUUAGUGCUUGACAAGUUUUUGCAAAAUGAUAUUGAUGGUGUAAUCUAUACUGUAAAAACGUGUAACAUAGUGUUAUAAGGAGAUUCUCUUUCGAUCAUUUAUUACAUAAUAUAAUGUCCAUUUUUUUCCAAA